GCGUUUGCACGUUGAACAAGACGGUACAUGCGAUAGCAGAGUUCCCAUAUACUAGUGUGAGUUGCUGUUUGAUCUUACACCAAUGUAUAAAUACGCAAAAUAAAAAGAGAAAUACAUGAGAGAAUUCUGAAAAUUAAGUGUGGCAGCAUCCAUAAAAGUAACUUAAGUUGUUGCUAUUCUAAAUACAUUCGCCUUGACAGCACAAGUGACAGAAGCUCAAGGAGCUGUCUGAUAUAAGUACGACUCUAAGAAGCUGCUACAGAGGCUGUUGAAAGCCCAAGUGGCCAAUAGCAAACAGCGGACAAACAGCGGAAACAACGUUGGCGUGGUGCAACGUCCUUGACAAAGAGCGGACGCAAACACAAAUCAGCUGAAGAAGAAGAAUACGCAGAAGAAGCCAAAGCAGAAGCAGCAGAGGAAGAAGACAGCGCUGGGCAAUGAAUUGGUUGCGUGUGCUGCUAAUCGGCGUGGCCGUAUUGGCGCUGGCACUCGUUGAGGUUGCAUCACUCUCACUGGAUCCAGUUGCCUCUGCCGAGUUGGAACAGUAUAUCAGGAAGGGCGAUGUGGUUAUAUCGACGCGACACAUAAGACCGCGACGCAAGUUGCAUAUAUCCAUUGAGGCACUGUUCAUGAUCGACUUUCCCAUGCUGAAGCAUAAGAUGUCCUUCUUCCUCGAUCGCAAGCAGCAGCGGGUGACGCUGGACAUCAGCGCCAAUGGGGCGACAGAGUCACGCAACUUUGAGAUACCCAACAUCAAUGAGACGAGCACCAUACGAUCGCUGGCCCUGCAGUUCUCCAAGAAUCGCAUCACGCUCUUUGUGGACUGUAAGCCGAGCACCUCCCACGACAUGGACAUGAGCCUGACAAAGCUCUAUACGCAAAUGGAUGAUCCAGUUAUCAAGCUGUUCAGGGAACGAAAAUAUCCACUGCACUUUGAUGCAGACAUGGAGCACUCGCUGCAGCGUGCCAACUGUCAGAAGGGUCUGCAUCGUCGAGGCAAUCGUCGCAUGCUGCGGAACAAGAUCACCGAGCGUGAGAAGAACAAGAAGCGCGAUGUUCGCAGCAAUUGGUAUCAUGAGCCAACUCUGGCCCGGGACGGCGUUGAUCAGCGUAAGCAGGAAAUACCUACCGAUGUGGAGCGUGGUGAUAUACCCGUCCUGCAUGGCGAUUGUGAAGACGCCUUCGCACGAUCGCUGAGCGAUCUUUUGGCACUGGUUAAGCUGCUGCGUGAAGACGUCGCCCACCAGCGUCAGGAGAUUGCCUACUUGCGCGUGUUGUUGGAGAAUUGUGCCGGCUGCAAAGAGCCCAGCGGGGACAAUCACAUACGGCUUGAGCCCAACUGUCGCACUGCGAAUCCUUGUUAUCCUGGCGUUGAUUGCCAUGAGACCGCCUCGGGACCAAGGUGCGGCCGUUGUCCUGCCGGCUACAUUGGCGAUGGCAAAUCUUGCAAACCGGGCGUCAGCUGUGCUGACAGACCCUGUUUUCUAGGCGUUCAGUGUCACGAUACUGUGAACGGUGCCCAGUGUGACUCCUGUCCGGUUGGCUAUGAAGGUGAUGGACGCACAUGUUCGAUACGUAAUCCUUGUCUGGACACACCAUGCCCCUCAGGCAACAUUUUAAUGCCCACACAUAAUGUGCAGCACUAUCAGAGGCAGAGCCAGUACACAGCACGCAAAUACUCGGUUGUAACGAACUGAAUCAGAGCACAGCAGUAGAAUUUAAUUAUAAAUUCAACUUAUUUAGAAAGAGAGCACAUAAUAAAUCACUUAUAAUUAGUCAUAAGUUGUAAGCUCUACGAAUGGCAAUCGAAAUAAUUCAAAAGUAUUAGCAACUUUUUCGCCCUGUAAUAAUAAUUCACACGUACUUACAGCAAUUACAAAAUAAAUUAAAUAAAUAAACUAUACAAAAAAUAAGUUCUUAGUAAAUGCUUUAAUAAUACUAUACUCAUCAUCCUGUUUGAAAAAGAAAAACCAACCUAAAAUGCCCAGAAAGUGGAGCUUAUAAGAGUUUAUAACGAAAAUAUGGUUUUCCCCUCUCUGUAUUGCCUAAAAUGAAUUGUGAAUAAAAAUUAUACGAUAUUCUUUCAAAAACAAA